UUCUUUUAACUCUUUUAAAAAAUUUUUUUUUCCAGAACUUCAUCAGGCAUGGAUGCUGAUCUGUAUGAUGAGUUUGGGAAUUAUGUCGGACCUGAUCUUGAAAGUGAUGGAGAGGAAGAUGAGGAAGAAGACGAAGAUUUAGAUGACCUGGAUGCAGAUAAUGAUGAGGAUGUUGAUCAUGAUGAUAUUGAUGAGCACCCAGACAUGCAAGUUGUCUUGCAUGAAGAGAAGAAAUAUUAUCCAACAGCAGAGGAAGUUUAUGGGCCAGAAGUGGAGACUAUAGUACAAGAAGAGGACACACAGCCACUAACAGAACCAAUCAUUGCUCCUAUCAAAAGGAAGAAAUUUUCUGUAGCAGAACAGGACUUUGUUGAGACAGUUUACAAUAUGGAAUUUUUGGCUGAUCUGAUGGACACGCCCGACCUGAUAAGGAACGUGACUCUCUGUGGACAUCUACACCAUGGCAAGACUUCCUUCAUCGAUUGUUUAAUGGAACAGACACAUCCUGGCCUCCAACGAGUUGACGAUAACGAUCUUCGUUACACAGACACAUUGCUGACUGAAAUUGAGAGAGGGGUCAGCAUCAAAAGCACACCGGUCACUCUUGUGAUGCAGGACACCAGGAACAAAUCCUAUUUGCUAAAUGUCUUUGAUACCCCAGGUCAUGUGAACUUUUCCGAUGAGUUAGACAUUCCAGUUUGGGUUUAUAACACGUCUGUGUGUCCCACUGUGACUCCUUGGGCAAAUUUUUUCUUGGUAAAUAUCGCAGUAUUGCGUGUUCCAACGCAACAUCCACUUUUGGUGAAUGUUUUACCUUUUAUGUUGCAGGUGAUGCUUAAUACAGAGAGACUCAUCAAGCAUGCUGUACAAGAACGACUCUCUGUCUGUGUUUGUAUCAACAAAAUUGAUCGACUGAUGCAGGAAUUGAAACUACCACCCACAGAUGCCUAUUAUAAACUGCGUCACAUUUUGGAGGAAGUGAACACAAUUAUAAGUAUGUACACAGACGACCAGGAAAAUCACAUGGUGUCUCCAAUUCUUGGUAACGUGUGCUUCGCCAGUUCCUAUUACAGAUAUUGUUUCACACUGAAGUCCUUUGCAAAGAUCUAUGCUGAUACAUAUGGUGGCAUCAACAUCAAAGAAUUUGCUCGGCGUCUUUGGGGUGACAUUUAUUUCAACAGCAAAACUCGACGCUUCACCAAGAAACCCCCCCACAGUACAUCCCAAAGAAGUUUUGUGGAAUUCAUCCUGGAACCAAUGUACAAGAUAUUUGCUCAGAUUGUCGGUGAUGUUGACGAGAAUCUUCCCAGUGUCUGCGAGGAACUCGGUAUCAGCCUAACAAAGGAGGAGCGAAAGAUCAACGUCCGUCCCCUGCUGAGAGUGGUGAUGAAGCGUUUCUUUGGAGAAUUUAUUGGUUUCACAGAUAUGUGUGUAGAACACAUCCCAUCACCCGCUGCCAAUGCUCACACCAAAGUGGAGCAUAUGUACACGGGGCCGAUGGACUCAGAGCUGGCUGAAUCAAUGGUACAGUGUGACUCCCAGGNNCCACUGAUGAUACACACAACCAAACUCUACCCAACGCCACCCGAUGCCACCAGCUUCCAUGUCCUGGGACGUAUCAUGAGCGGAAUGCUGCAUGCCAACCAAGAAGUGCGAAUCCUAGGUGAAAACUACUCCUUGCAGGAUGAAGAGGAUUCUCGCCCGGGAAUGGUUGGGCGAUUGUGGAUUGCCGAGGCAAGGUACAAGAUAGAAGUGAACCGGGUCCCUGCCGGUAACUGGAUCCUCAUUGAAGGCAUUGACCAGUCCAUUGUGAAGACGUCCACGAUUACUGAUGUGGCUGGACCAGAUGAUGUGUAUAUAUUCCGGCCCAUCAAAUUCAACACUAGCUCCGUUAUCAAGAUUGCCGUUGAACCUGUCAACCCUUCAGAAUUACCCAAAAUGUUGGACGGUUUGCGUAAGGUCAAUAAGAGUUAUCCUCUCCUGAACACUAAGGUUGAAGAAUCUGGAGAGCAUAUCAUCCUUGGCACUGGUGAACUCUACCUUGACUGUGUCAUGCAUGACUUGAGAAAGAUGUAUUCGGAGAUCGAUAUAAAAGUAGCUGACCCCGUUGUGUCAUUCUGUGAAACUGUUGUGGAAACCUCUUCGUUGAAGUGUUUCGCUGAAACCCCAAAUAAAAAGAACAAGAUCACAAUGAUUGCUGAACCAUUGGAGAAGGGACUUGCUGAAGACAUUGAGAACGAGGUCGUCCAAAUCAGUUGGCCCCGUAAGAGACUCGGUGAAUUCUUUCAGACCAAAUACGACUGGGAUUUGCUGGCCGCUCGAUCCAUCUGGGCGUUUGGCCCCGAUGCUACUGGGCCCAACAUCCUUGUUGAUGACACACUGCCCUCUGAGGUUGAUAAAAACCUUUUGGUGUCUGUGAAAGAUAGCAUCGUACAAGGUUUCCAGUGGGCUACAAGGGAAGGUCCCUUGUGUGAUGAACCUAUCCGAAAUGUGAAAUUCAAGAUCCUCGAUGCCGUCAUUGCUGGGGAACCCAUCCACCGUGGUGGUGGACAAAUUAUUCCAACCGCUCGAAGAGUUGCCUAUUCGGCCUUUUUGAUGGCUACACCACGUAUGAUGGAACCCUAUUUCUUUGUAGAGGUCAUGGCUCCUGCUGAUUGUGUCUCUGCAGUCUACACUGUACUGGCACGAAGAAGAGGUCAUGUGACUCAGGAUGCCCCUGUACCAGGUUCGCCACUUUACACCAUCAAGGCCUUCAUUCCAGCAAUUGACUCCUUUGGUUUUGAGACUGAUCUCAGAACACACACGCAGGGACAAGCCUUCUGUCUUUCUGUCUUCCAUCAUUGGCAGAUUGUUCCCGGUGAUCCCUUGGAUAAAAGUAUUAUAAUCCGACCCCUUGAACCGCAGCCUGCUACGCAUUUAGCUCGGGAGUUCAUGAUUAAGACACGUCGACGAAAGGUACGAAUUAAAAGAGAUUUUUCUAAAUCAACUUUUGUGGCCGGAACCUUGGGAAGGUGGCUGUGGGGUAAGAUGCUUGCUUCCCAGUCACAUGGUUUCGGGAUCCAUCCCACUAUGGGACAUCUUGGGCAAGUGUCUUCUGUUAUGGUCACAGCCCCAAUCAAUGCCUUGUAAGUUAAAUUGGUAGGC